AUGGCGCUAUUGCUCACCGCCCCGAUCCCGCCGCCGCCCGGAGUGCCCUCCCUCGCCGGUGCCCCGUCGCCCUACGCCGUCGCCACCUCGACCCCGUCGCCUCGCCUCCUCACCUCCUCCUCGUCCCGAGUCGAGGCCGCCGUUCCGGCGCCGCGCCCUCGACCCCGUCGCCCCGCCGCACUCGUCGCCGGCGACCCGGACGCCGCCCUUCUUCGUCCUCCUCUCCGAGCUCGUUGCCCCGUCCCUACGCACCCCGGUGAGGACCCCGGUCCUCCUCCUCCCCAUAGCCCGCUCGCCGCGCCGUUCGCGCUCCGCGCGCGGCCGCCCCCGCUCCCCCUUGACUCGUCGCCGCGCCUGCUCGCUCGCGGCGCCCGCAGCUCCGCGCGCGCCCACGUCCGCGCCCCUGCUUCCUCGUGCACGCGCCUAACUCCGACCCCUCCGCGCUCACGUGCUGCUGCCGCUGCUGUGAUGUGCCGUGCCCCCGCUCCGCCCACGCGACCCCACCACCACCUCCACCGCGGCCGCCCUGACUCUGGCCCCGCCGUCGUCCUGUGCCCCGCCUCCGCCUCUGGCCCCGCAGGCCACCGCCACGCCGGCGGCCAGUUCCGGCACCUCGCGACGCCCCGGGUCUGCCCUUCGGGUGCAAACGCCCAGGUGCCCGCAGCCCGUUUCGCCUGCUAG